CCCCAGCCCUGCCUCCUUGGAGGCGCCUGGGGCUAAGCACACAUCUCAACCGCACGGAAGCCUCGUCUGUCUUUUCAGGCUCUUCAUGCUACCCAACUAAAAGGAGAAAAUGGGCACGGGGGAUUUUAUCUGCAUUUCCAUGACCGGAGGGGCGCCCUGGGGGUUCAGAUUGCAAGGUGGCAAGGAGCAGAAGCAGCCCUUACAAGUUGCUAAGAUCCGAAGCCAGAGCAAAGCCUCUGGGUCUGGGCUCUGUGAGGGGGAUGAAGUGGUUUCUAUCAAUGGCAACCCUUGUGCAGACCUUACCUACCCCCAGGUCAUCAAGCUCAUGGAGAGCAUAACAGACUCUCUCCAAAUGCUCAUCAAAAGACCAUCCAGUGGAGUAAAUGAGACUUCCAUCUCUGAAACUGAAAACAAAAACCCUGAGCAUCCCACCCAUGAGCGGUGCGUGGAAAGUACCACUCUGCAGAUUCGACCAGCCACAAAGAACCGGCACAGAGAGUUCUAUGUUGCCUCGAUCAAGAGUGGAGUUCCUCUAACUGAGGACCAAGGGAGUGGUCCUGGUUUUUCUGAGAGCAUAAAAGAAGAAACAGGCCUGAGCUACCAUGUGGCUCCCUACAUGCCCGACUCCCAAAGAGGACGCCUAGCAGAGGAGGUUAUCUUAAGGGAGAAGGCAGAAGCUGGGCAGCCAGGCCCGGUGGUUGAGUUACAACUGUCCCUUUCACAAGAGAGACACAAGGGCACAAAUGUCCCCGUGGUGGCUCUCCUGGGAGCUGAAAAAUCUAAGUCUCCUGACCCAGAUCCUUAUUUACAACACGACAGGAUUGUCCACAUAAAUUCGGUCCCCACGAAUGAGAAAGGGGAGCCUUCUCUGAGGUCCAGCAAGAUAAUCCAGAUCUCCAGUGGCAAAGAGUUAAAAGUGAUCCAGGGAAAUGAAGCAGGAGACAAGGGGCUGCCCCGAGUGGAAGUGAUACUCGACUGCUUGGACAGGCAGAAGACGGAAGGGUGCAGGCUUCAGGCAGGAAAGGGGUGUGUGGAUUCUCCAGUGGAAGGAGGGCAGUCAGAAGCACCUCCUUCUCUGGUAUCCUUUGCAGUCUCAUCAGAAGGCACAGAGCAGGGAGAAGAUCCACGCUUGGAAAGGGAUCACAGCAGACCUCACAAGCACAGAGCGCGUCACGCACGGCUCAGGAGAAGUGAAAGCCUAUCAGAAAAGCAGGUGAAAGAAGCAAAAUCUAAAUGCAAAAGCAUUGCCCUCCUUCUAACCGACGCCCCCAACCCCAACUCCAAGGGGGUGUUGAUGUUUAAGAAGCGUCGUAGGCGGGCCAAGAAAUACACCCUAGUCAGCUACGGCACCGGUGAGCUUGAGCGAGAGGCAGACGAGGAGGAAGAAGGAGACAAAGAAGACAACUGUGAAGUAGCAUUUCUGGGCACGAGUGAAUCAGAGGUGGAUGAAGAGUUAUUGUCUGACAUUGACGACAGUGCACAAGUUGUGAACUUUGACUGGGAUUCUGGACUAGUGGACAUCGAGAAGAAACUGAACAGAGGGGACAAGAUGGAGAUGCUGCCAGACACCACGGGCAAGGGUGCCCUCAUGUUUGCCAAGAGGAGGGAGCGAAUGGAUCAAAUCACAGCCCAAAGAGAGGAGGAGAGGAUGGGAGGAGUGCCAGGCAGAGAGCCAGAUGCUGCCCAGACAGACAGCCUGAGAACCAUGGCUUCUUACCAGAGGAAGGAAGAAGAGUCUGUGAAAGUGCAGAGCUCAGUGAGCAGAAGCUACAUCGAGGUGAGCCAUGGUCUUGGCCAUGGGCCCCAACAGAAUGGCUUCAGUGGGGUGUCCGAAACGGCAGAGGCCCAGAGGACGGUCCCUAUGAACAGAACAGCCAAACCCUUCCCGGGGUCUGUGAGCCAGCCUGCAGCCCCCUUCUCCCCAACCCGGAAUAUGACGAGUCCCAUCGCGGACUUCCCUGCGCCUCCACCUUAUUCUGCGGUCACACCUCCACCUGAGGGCUUCCCCAGAGCAGUGUCGAGUCCCACAGCUGGCCCAGCGCAGCCUCCUCCGUGGCCCCAGCCUGCCCCGUGGUCCCAGCCAGCCUUUUACGAUUCAUCUGAGCGGAUAGCUUCCCGGGAUGAAAGGAUCGCUGUGCCUGCAAAAAGAACCGGAAUAUUGCAGGAGGCCAAAAGGAGGAGCACGACAAAACCCAUGUUCACUUUUAAAGAGCCCAAGGUGAACCCGAAUCCUGAACUCUUGUCACUUCUUCAAAAUUCAGAAGGCAAAAAGGGAGCUGGAGCUGGAGGCGAUUCCGGACCCGAAGAAGACUACCUCAGUUUAGGAGCAGAGGCUUGUAAUUUCAUGCAGAGCUCCUCUGCCAAACAAAAGACUCCGCCUCCUGUCGCUCCGAAACCUGCAGUCAAGUCCUCGUCCUCCCAACCAGUAACUCCAGUUUCUCCGGUCUGGUCCCCAGGAAUGGCUCCAAGCCAACCUCCUGCCUUCCCCACGUCCAACCCAUCGCAGGGCACCGUUGUCUCCUCCAUCAAAAUAGCCCAGCCUUCCUACGCUCCUGCCCGGCCCACGAGUGCUCUGACCCUGGCUGGUCCCUUCAAAGGACCACAGGCAGCAGUGGCCAGUCCGAACUACACACCGAAGCCAACGGCUCCCGCACCGACAGUAAACGCCGCUCAUGCUGGUGCAGUGGGACCAUCCAAUGAGCUUCCGGGAAUGAGCGGGAAAGGAGCCCAGCUCUUUGCUAAAAGGCAGUCGAGGAUGGAGAAGUACGUGGUGGAUUCAGACACCGUGCAGGCCCAUGCGGCUCGCGCCCAGUCUCCCACUCCCUCUCUACCGGCCGGAUGGAAGUACUCCUCCAACGUCCGAGCACCUCCUCCUGUGGCCUACAAUCCUAUCCACUCCCCCUCCUACCCUCUGGCCGCUGUCAAGUCUCAGUCAUCAGCCCCACAGGCCUCCAAGACAAGCAAGAAAAAGGGCAAAAAACCCCUCAAUGCUUUGGACGUCAUGAAGCACCAACCAUACCAGCUAAAUGCAUCCUUGUUUACUUUCCAACCUCCAGAUGCAAAGGAUGGCCUCCUCCAAAAGUCAUCCAUCAAGGUCAAUUCGAUGCCAGCCAUGAAGCAAGCUCUUCCCCCCCGGCCAGUGAAUGCUGGCUCGCCCACUAAUGCACAGGCCUCAUCUGUGUACUCAGUCCCAGCAUAUAGCUCUCAGCAUCCCUUCUUUGCAGAGGCCACCUCGCCCGUCAGUGCGUCGCCAGUGCCCAUGGGCAUUCCCACCUCUCCAAAGCAAGAAUCAGCCUCUACAUCUUAUUUUGUGGCACCAAGGCCGAAGUUCUCAGCCAAGAAAAGUGGUGUCACAGUUCAGGUGUGGAAACCAUCUAUUGCGGAAGAGUGAUCUUGUAGCCGAAGCUGAGUGUCCACUUUGCUUGAAACAAAUUGUUUGCAGUGUUACUUGAGUCCCCGAGAAUGCCUAGCAAGUCCUCAACUUACUUAAUUUCAGAUGUCACUUCCCAAUCUGGGUCCAAGGAGCAUAAUAUUUUUAAUGAGUCAAAAAUCUAACUCAGAUUGACUUAAAACAUAUUUAUCUUCUUUGCACACUUAAAAAAUAUGGGAGCACCCCAAAAUAGACAUGUGCCAUUAUAUUAAGUAAGCAGGAUACUUAGGAUUUAUGCUUUAGUCACGAGAAAGACAGUGAUCAGUGUUAUCAAACCUUGCACACAGCCUUUAUGUAGUGUAACAGCUGUGCUCCUGUGGUGAAAAGGUUCAAGUAUAGUGAAAAUAUAACAUGUAUUGGCUGAGAUUUCCUUUUUAAGUAGUGCUUUAUCUCUAUUACUAGUGUUAAGGGAUAAGAAAUUUACUGAGGACAGGGAUCAGCUCUGGUCUGUCAACCUCAGCCACCUGUUUGAUAUUGCAGAGAAGGUACUUCUGGGGGUUGUUGAAAUGUAUAUAGUUUAGUAAGAAGGGUAAGAAAGAGGGUGUCAGUAAUUACUGAGCACUUAUUUUGUAUUAGGUUCUUUGCCAGAUGUUUUACCUGUAUUAACUCGUUUCAGAAGACUUCUUUAAGGUAAAUGAGAUAGGGCAAGAGGGAUAAUUAUCCUUAGAGACGGAUUUCUAUCUUCUCUUCCCAGUUUACUUAAGAAACUGAGUAUGUAUAUAUCUCCAAUUGCCCAUGAAAGUGUAAGUUUGUUUUCCUCAGCUGAGGCAAGUGGUAGGGUACAGUAUAAAAGAAUAAUGUAUAAAAGGGUGAACAGGCUGCAGAUAAAGGUACACAUGACUCUUAUUUUUCCCUUGGGAAAGCACAUCACUGAGGCAUGAAAGGUUACUGACUACAGGGGCUGAUUGUGAAGCACGAGGAACCCCCUAUGUGUGGAGGCCGUAGGGUGAGAACACACAAUGAUUAAUUUCUGAGUGACCUCACAGAUUGUUUUUCCUUGUGUUUGUUUUGCUUUCUGACUACUGCUUCUCCCACUGUUCCUUGCAAUUCUAUUCUCGCACCUUCACUUUGUUAUUUAUAUUUGAUGGACCAGGAGGAUUCAGGCAAGGUUACCUUGUAAAUUGGAUUGGUCACAGACCAUGCCGUCAUCCAGCUGGCUAUGAAGUUAAUAAUGUUACUGACAGUAAACCUGAAGACCUUUCUCAUGUCUAUUUUAAGUCCAAGUCUGACCAACCAUGGAAAAUAUUCAACAUGAAUUAAUGUAGAGAACCAUAAAGCAUUUUUGACAGCUUCAAGGAAAACCAUCUACUCAAUACAGGAGAUCUGUUUAGAGACCUCUUAUAACAAACAUCUUGCCUGGUUUGAGGGUACACGGUACCAAUUUAAUCCUCUGAAAAUAUCUGUAUUCCUGUUCUUUUACUGCUGUCACUGUCAAUCUGCUAUAUUUUUCACUAUCCUAUUAAAAUAUUACUUUCUUCUUUAUCUGUUUAAUGUACAUGUUUUAAAAAAUAAUCUUCCCUGAUGAGCUAUUCUGACCUAAGUCACUUCUCUGCUAUGUCUCUUCUAUUGUUCCCAAAACAUCCGAAUUUCUUUUUGUGAGCAUAUUCAUUUCUCUGUACGUUGUAAAACUGCAAGCUGCCCAUUGUAAAACUCUAAGAACACACAAAAAAGAAUUAAGUCAGCAACAGGGCAAUGGGGCUGUUUCUUCUGCUUUUUUUUUCUGGGAAAUCUUCCAUUGCCUUUGGGGGCAGUUUACCUAGAGGUUUCAACCACAGGAUGUAGCUUGGUCUCUCAUUUGCCUUUUUGGGAAAUCAAUUAGGAAGAUUAGUACAGGGUAAAGGAAAAAGCAAUCUAUCCAUUAUAUAACACUAUUGUUUAGUAUUACUUGUUCCCUGCAAAGGAAGUCUGUUAAAUGCUGUGCAUUUUGCAUUCUUUUCUAAUAGAACAACAACAAAAAAGGCUUCUUGAGGUGAAGCAGGAAAGAUCGUUUUUAUAACUUUGCAUUCUUGACAUAGCAUUUAAAGAAUGGCAUGAAGUAGAGGAAAGAUAAUGCAACACAAGGUAGUUAAUUUGAGAUCACCAGUUCAAAUAUGGCCUAGGAUGGUAAUGACCCACAAGUAUUCCCAGUUGUCCAGGGGUUUGUGGUAUGUAGGAAUGAGAAGUGUUUUCAGUCCAUUUCCUGUAGGACAGGUGGCAAUCUUAGCAGAGCCACUAUUUGGAGUUGAUGACUAAACACACCACUAGCAUGACUGGGAGUGUCAUAGGGUUCCCAAAAGGCUUCUCAGAAACAUGCCAGGCAUGCAGUCAAACAUCCACAACUUUGGGAAUUGGAAACAUAGGUCUCAUCUUGAAUCAGAUGGUCCUACAUUAUGGAGGAGGGGUGGGAAUCCUCCCAGACUGUAUCUGCAGAGUGUGACCACACAAUGAGAUGGGGGCAGUGGGAGGGAAAGGGACCAAGCCAGCUCCCUGGAGUAAGAGGGAUUCCCUUUGCCACUUGUCCUCAAUCAGAGAGCCUCCUGGGAACUUGCAUGCCCAAUAAGCUGUAUGUGCCACCUUUCAGGUUGCAGUUAUGGGAAUGAUGUCAGUGUGGCAGGUGGGAGGCUUAGAACUCAUGACCUCAGCUUCCCUCCCGUUGGGAACCCUUUGUAUGAUCUGGGUGUUGUUGGCUCUGUUGUGGUAGCAGAUGUUUGACUGCUUGGUCGUGAGGUAUGAGGAGGCAGGUUUUGUUUAGGUUUUAGCACCUUGCCUUUUCCUCUGUCCUUUGUUAGCUUAACUUCCAAGCAGAGUGCUUGUGAAGUCAAGUUUUCUUCGUCACCACGAUAGCAAUGAUCAUUUCCUGAGUGUCUGUGUUAUGUUAGGUGCCUUAUGUAUCUUAUCCCAAAGAACCCACUGCGAAGUUUACAGGCACCGGAAUAUAAAAUAAAAUGUAGUCACAGUCACUGACUUAUUGCAGGACCUUAUGCAAUUUUUUAGCAUGAGUUUCCCCUUAAUAAUGUCUCAAACCUCUCUUCCUGACUGUUGUGCAAUGAGUCUGCACGGCACUAGGUACUCCAGGAAGAAAGGUGUAUGUAAAUCUAAAUAUGGCAGAUUCCUGUCUUAUAGGGGGUAGACUGAGUCACAGAACUGGUAAGAUUGGGGAUCUGAGCAUUGCCACUUCAAUCUUAAAACAUUUCCAAUUUUAUUUCUCAUAUUUCAAGAAUAAACACAUUCUGUUGUGAGAGAGGAAGAAUCACACUGUUUUCCACAUUUUGACUAUUCAUUGAUAGUAGAAAGCAUAAGUUUUUAGGCAUAUGUGUCAUGAGUCACAUUUGGAUUGUCAUUCUGGAGCAUGUAAAACUUUGUAUUUCAAAAUAUAUCUAGCAUGACUGUUGAUGAUAACAUGUAUCUCAUUUAAUCUUCAUAAGAACCAAUUCAUUUAAUUAUAGGAAAACUGAUCCGAGUCACAAAUAGUUCUUUCAAGCAAGCUGGGGUCAAAAUUCUUUUAGGUAGUGCUGACCCCUUUCAAGAAAUGGGCUUCUUCAUGGGCAGCUGAGUGUUAUCACAAAGCCUAAAUUCUAGCCUGGCAGCAAGAGUCACAUCUGAGAUGUCAAAAACAAAUGAUCCACAUUUAAAGGGUGUGGCCUAGCAAAUGUGGGACCAUUGUCCUAUUUACAGCCACUAGGUUAAAGAACUUUGAAGGUCGUUUGGCUGCUGACAGGCGUAUCAAACACUAGGACUCCAUGGCACUUUCACAGGGAGGCCUCUUAAGAGCCCAGAAGACACAUGGCUGUUACUGUCUGAGUGUGGAUUUAAUCUUUCAGACAAAAGCCCUUGCUGUGUAUCAUUUUAUCCAGUCAUAGAGUUGAGAAGCCGCAAGCACCCGUAUUCUAAGGGUGAGUUCCUGAAACCCACUGCUGUUUAUGAGUCACAGCCGGCCUGGCAGGAAGGGUAUUUGAAGUCAUGGUUAUCAAAAAGAAGUGAUUGUUUUCUGAAAAGCUAAAUGCUUAAAAUGCUUCCAAAGGGAGGCAGUGGGUUGUGUGCUCAUUCCCUCCUAAAAUCAGAGUUGUUGAGUUUGUUUUAAAAAUUGCUAAAAGUUCAUGAGAAAAAUAUGUAAAUUCUAAGAACCAACAUUAUAUUCUCUGACACACUGACCCUCACUGGUCUCAUGUCCCCUUAUCACUGGACUCUGGGGGACACAAAGACUCAUGUAACACUUCAGUGCUGCUGAAUUCGUCAACAAGUAUUCUGGGAAAAAGCAGAAUUGAAUUCUUCUCUAGACUUCCCACCAGGGUUGGCUAAAGGCCAUAAAGCAAACUAGCAAAUUCCCACAGGACCCAAACACCAGGCAAAAUCACUAAAAGAGGCCAGCCUCCGUUUCUUCCUCUAUGGUUAAAAAAAAAAAAAAAAAAAAAGUACAAAAAUUUUAGGCUAUUCUAUGGAGUAA